CCCAGAGAUGUUUGCACUGCUCACAGGCCUCCUGCUGCAACACCAACACAGAACUACCGGCACAGGCCCUGCCAAAACCCCCAGAAGCCAACCAUGCAGUCUGCCGAAACCAAGCUCAACAAAAACUCCCUGCUCCUGGCUCUACGACGCUACAGCGCGGCCGUCCACAACAUGGAGCAGACCAUCUUGCUCCCGAGCCUACUGCGAGAGGUGCCCCCCGACGAUGCCCUGGACUGCGAUGCCGCCGAAGACGCCAGCGAUCUGUACCAGUCCUACCUAUUGCUGAAGGCCAUCAGGAACACAAUAGACUGCGGACUGAUCCCUGCUGACGACGGCAAGGCCAAGAAGAACGCAGCUCUUAACAAAAGCCUGGAGCCGCUUCUGGAGGAAGACGCGGAAGUCCUCUUUCACUUCCAUCUACGAGGCCUGUUCUCUGUCAUCGGCAACCUCACCAAGAAGUCUCAGAACGUCACUGAGAAAUACCUGGACAUUAUUGGCAUCAGCAAGUAACAGACAUCUACAUUUCAUGAAACCUACUGUUCAUCCUGUAUGAAGCCCAACUGAACGUCAUUCUGUUUAAAAUACUGGAUCAAUACAAACUGUGUACACUACAUCCAAGGGCAAUAAAGUUUUUGCUAAGGCCACUUUUAUCUCCUUUUAAUUGAAUUUAAAUUGACUUCUCAUUCUGUUUUAGGUUGUACAGUUUUCUGUUUUAUGGCAUGGAAGGUUAGCUGUGUGUUAGAUGCACUGUAACCAAGGGUUUCGGCUCUGUACUGCAUAUUGUAGGUUUCAGAGCUCAUGAACCGAAAACAACAAACCACUAGAAAACAGUCCAUCUUGCUGAUUUUCUUUUUGUUCUCAUUCAGGCAAACCUUAUUACAUUUAGUAUACAGUAUACUGUAAGCUCCAAAUGAAAAUGGACAAAGCAUGGCUUUUUGGUCCAAAGUUAUAAAAUACUCUAUUUAUGUUCCCUCUAAUAAACAAAAGAAUAAAUACAA